AUGAGGUUGGACGUAAAGAGGCAGCUAUUUGCUCGAUCGGAAAGAGUUAAGGGAAUUGAUUUCCAUCCAGUUGAGCCAUGGAUUCUAACAACCCUUUACAGCGGUCAUGUUUACAUUUGGUCCUACGAAACUCAGGCUAUUGUCAAAACGUUUGAGCUGACAGAUGUCCCUGUCCGAGCUGGUAGAUUCAUUGCUCGAAAGAACUGGAUUGUUUGCGGUUCCGAUGAUUUCCAAUUACGAGUUUACAAUUAUAAUACUUCGGAAAAGAUCACCACUUUCGAAGCCCAUCCAGAUUAUAUUCGCGCCAUUGUCGUUCAUCCUACGCAACCUUUCGUUUUGACCGCUUCUGAUGAUAUGACAAUUAAGUUGUGGGAUUGGGAUAAGGGUUGGAAAUGUGUGCAGGUGUUUGAAGGACAUAGUCAUUAUGUUAUGGGACUAGCCAUCAAUCCAAAGGAUACGAAUACAUUUGCAUCGGCAUGUUUGGAUAGAACCGUAAAGAUCUGGAGUUUGGGAUCAUCCACAGCAAACUUCACACUCGAAGCCCACGAAACGAAAGGUGUCAACCAUGUGGAUUACUACCCUCAAUCCGACAAGCCAUAUCUUCUCACCACUUCAGACGACAGGACGGUCAAGAUUUGGGACUAUACUACAAAGUCUUUGAUUGCAACUUUAGAAGGACAUACAAGCAAUGUUUCGUUCGCAUGCUACCACCCCGAAUUACCUGUCAUUAUCUCCGGUUCCGAGGAUGGCACAGUCAAAAUAUGGCAUGCAAACACAUACAGAUUAGAACAGUCCCUGAAUUAUGGAUUGGAGAGAGCUUGGUGUGUCAGUUAUCAAAAGGGGAAACAGGGAGUUGCUGUUGGUUUUGAUGAAGGUGCGGUAGUUGUAAAGAUGGGCCGAGAAGAGCCUGCAGUAUCUAUGGACAAUUCUGGAAAAUUGAUCUGGGCUCGACAUAGUGAAGUUGUCUCGUCUAUUAUCAAGGGUGGAGAUGCUUCAGUAAAGGACAAUGAACCAAUCUCCUUGCCCACGAAAGAUCUCGGUACCUGCGAAGUAUAUCCACAAACUCUUCUCCACUCUCCCAACGGCCGCUUUGUAUCCGUAUGCGGUGAUGGUGAAUUCAUCAUUUAUACAGCUCUUGCAUGGAGAAAUAAGGCUUUUGGCUCGGCAUUGGAUUUUGUUUGGGGUUCGAAAGAUAACAGUAAUGAUUACGCGAUUCGGGAAUCGGGAACCAGUGUGAAGAUCUUCAAAAACUUUGUGGAGAAGAGUGGUGGUCUGGAUGUUGGCUUCCAAGCUGAAGGUUUGACAGGCGGAGUCCUUCUUGGUGUUAAGGGCCAAGGUGGUAUUGGUUUCUAUGACUGGCAAAGCGGUGGACUUGUUAGGAGAAUUGAGGUUGAGCCAACAGAAGUAUACUGGUCUGAAAAUGGAGAAUUGGUCGCUAUUGCAUGCGAAGAUACCUUCUACGUCCUCAGAUUCUCGCGAGAGAAUUACAUUGCGGCUUUGAAUGCCGGAGAAGUUGAUGACGAUGGAGUCGAAGCUGCGUUUGAAGUUGUGACAGAUAUCAACGAAACUGUACGAACUGGUGAAUGGGUAGGUGAUUGCUUCAUCUAUACAAACAGCACCAACAGACUCAAUUACCUCGUUGGUGAUCAAACCUAUACCAUCUCUCAUUUUGAUCAACCUAUGUACUUGCUUGGAUACAUCCAGCGCGACUCUCGCAUUUACCUCGCUGAUAAAGAUGUCAACGUCACUUCUUUCGCUCUUUCUCUUGCAGUCGUCGAAUACCAAACUUUAGUCUUGAGAGAUGAUAUGGAUACAGCUGCAGAAGUACUCAGCACGAUACCAGGAGAUCAACUUAACAAAAUUGCUCGUUUCCUCGAGGGCCAAGGACACAAAGAAUUGGCAUUGGAGGUUGCAACUGAUAGCGAACAUAAAUUUGAGUUGGCUCUCGCAUUAGGUCAUCUUCCAAUAGCUCUUGAGCUUGCCCGUGAAGCAGAUGUCGAACACAAGUGGAAGACAGUUGGUGAUGCAGCACUUGCUGGUUGGGAUGUCGCACUUGCAGCUGAAUGUUUCAAGAAUGCAAGGGAUCUUGGUUCGUUAUUGUUACUUCACUCAAGUACGGGUGAUAGAGAGGGACUCAAAGCAUUGAGUGCACAGGCAAGCGAUGCUGGUGCGCACAAUGUUGCAUUUACUUGUCUCUGGCAAUUGGGAGAUGUUGAUGGAUGUAUUGAGCUGUUGAUCAAAACUGGCAGAGCAGCAGAAGCGGUACUAUUCUCACAAACAUACAAGCCAAGUAUUACGGUCAAGACUGUGCACGCAUGGAAGGCCCAAUUAGAAAAUGACAAAAAAGGCAGGGUCGCCAAGACCGUCGGUGUCCCCGGUGAAGAUGAAGAGCUUUUCCCUGAAUGGGAAGAAUAUUUAAGGUUAGAGCAGGAAGGUAAUGAGAACCUCAUUGAUGUUAAUGGGGAUGGACAUGAUAAGAUUAAUGGCGAUGGACCUGACCCGGAUGCUGAGGCUGUGGAGGAGGGUUCAUUAGAGACGAAAGAAGAAGAUGGUGAGGAAGAGUCAGAGGAGGAGUAG